AUGCUCUUCUACGGCAUCGGAGGGAUGCUCCUCUCUUCUUUUUUCAUCGCACCAUCUUUGGCUUUGGAUAAUGGCGUUGGGGUAAUGCCAGCUAUGGGUUGGAAUCCUUACAACGCUUUUCUCUGUAACACUGUGGAAGACGAGUACCGUGCAGCAGCUCAGGCUUUGGUGGAUCUAGGACUGGCAGACGCCGGUUACAAGUACCUGAACCUGGAUUGUGGAUGGCAAGGAACGGAGCGAGACUCCGAAGGCGAUUUCACAUGGGAUUCCAAUAUCAUACCAUCCGGUAUUCCAGCACUGGCAGACUACGUCCAUAGCCUUGGGCUGAAAUUCGGCCUCUACUCUGAUGGAGGUUACUAUGCAUGUGAUUUUGUCGGAGGAACAGCUCACUAUCUUGGGUCUCUCGAACACGAGGGGGAUGAUGCGAAGAGUUUUGCUAGCUGGGGUGCAGAUUACCUCAAGUACGAUAAUUGUUAUGCCGUAAAUGAGACAGACUUUGUCGAUUUCAACCCUCCCAUCGUGAUCAAGGAUCACUUCGUCACUAUGAGGGAUGCGUUGGCUGCCACUGAAAUGCCCGUCUUGUUUUCUGCCUGCGAAUGGGGUGUACAGGACCCCGCCCGAUGGCCAGGAAGUGAAGUCGCCAAUUCCUGGCGUAUCUCGUCAGUGAAAUCUUUUGUGAAUCUGUCCAUAUACGCCGCACUGAGUCGCGUUUCUGACAGCAACGAUAUCGGACCCCCUGCUUCUUGGGACAGCAUAUUCAGAAUUCUGAACCAAGUCGUUCCCAUAACGCAGUUCGCUGAACCCGGGGGGUGGAAUGAUCUCGACUUGCUCUAUGUGGGAAGCAACCUUUUGACAGCUACCGAACAACAGACUCAUUUUGCCUUUUGGUCGGCGGUUAAAAGCCCUCUGAUGGUAUCGACGGACCUGACUAAUAUUUCGGACGAUGCACUAGGAAUUCUACUGAACGAAAGAAUUAUUGCCCUGAAUCAAGAUCCUCUGGGGAAAUCUAUCAGUUUCAAACGACGAUACGCGAAUGACCAUGAUGUCUGGUCAGGGCCACUCAGCGAUGGUUCGACGGUCGUUGUGGUCAUCAACUUCCAGACUAAUGCUACUCGCUCCUUGACAUUCCAGCUAGCCGAUGUAGGCUUUUCCUCGGCGAUGGCUGUAGACUUGAUCACUGGAAAGUCACUCGGGACUUUGACAACUUCAUACACCGCAACAGUCGCUGCACAUGGAAGCCUUGUUCUCAAGCUCACGAAUGCCGUCCCGGUUACGGCACCUCGGUUCACUUACUAUGAAGCCGCAGCUUCAUCGAGCAUCCUUGCGGGAGGCGCAAACACGCGCCAAGUGAAUUCCUCUGUUUCCGUCGUUGGGUUCGUUGGAAAUGGCGGGACUCUCACGAUCACCGGUGUUGAUGGUGGCAGUGGAGGGACCAAACUUUUAUCGUUUGAUUAUAUCAACGGCGAUGUAACAUUCUCCAACAGCGCGUGCUCCAAUUGUCGCAAUGCAUAUAUCAGCGUCAAUGGUGGUGACGCAGUUCAAGCUCAAAUGCCCAUCUCAGCACAGAGCUGGGACAUCCUGUUCACCGGUUUCUUGUUAUCGGCAUCUGGAUUCAAAAGAGGAACAGAUAACACCAUUGCAAUCUUCAACAAUGACGGUUACACUCCAGAUUUUUACAGAAUUGGCGUCGCCAUUUGA